AGUGGAUUUGAAGGAAGAAACGUACCUAUAUCGGUAUUUUUUCAAUCAAAACCGGAGUUACCUAUAAUUCCAUAAUCAAAACAACAAAAAAGUUUGUUUUGUUUCCAUAUAUUUUGUAAAAUAUCCAUUCUUUUCAGUUUUGCGACUCGACUGCACAUUGUUUUUGUUUUGUUAAAAUCCUUGACUUAUGAUUAAACGAAAAAGGUUUAAAAGUGCUAAAGUUUGUACAAGACUUGUGUUGAAAUGCCGGACGCAGUAGCAGCCUGUCGAGUCUGUCUGGCGGGGGACGUGCGGUUGUUAACAAUCGCCGGCGCGCUCCAGCUGGUGUAUGAGAAGAUCACCAGCAAUGCACUGCACAGUGAGGGGAAGCCCGUGGCGGCGUGUUAUAUCUGCUACGCUCAGCUCGACAAGUGCCGCAAGUUGAUGCUGACUUGUGCAUUAGCAGAGAAUGUGCUGAAUAAUAUGUUGCACAGACACACUGAGAUAACUACAGAAGCAAUAUCCCUGAUUGACUGCAAGGCUCAAGGGCUGCGUGGGUCACUGACCUGCAGUGGAGCUGUACAUCAUAAUAGUGACAUACACACUCCCGUGGAGAUCAAAACUGAGCUGGAGUCAGAUGUGGCCACAUUUGAGCCAAUUAGACCCAAGGAGGAGCCAGAGGAAGGAGCCGACAUAGGAAGCAAGAUAGCAAUUACACCUAAGCUAGACAACAUGUGUGACAUCAAAUAUGAAUGUGACUGGGAUGAAGGAGACCCCCUCGGCCUGUUACAGCGGCGUGAUAAAGAGAUGGACACAUUAGGCCAUGGAGAGCGAGGACUAGGUGUUGCUUCAGCGCAGACGUCCGGAGCUGGCGAACGGAGACAAGCUAAAGGAAGUACAGCCCACCGCAGCCAGCGCGGGUCUCGACGAGAUUCAACUACUGGGACUGCUCAGUUACGCCACCAAUGUGACGCUUGUCAGAAACGGUUUAGACGUCAAUCAGCAAUGAAGAUACGAUAUAUGAAACCGUUCCAAUGUGAACUUUGUGAUUAUCGUUGUAAUCGAAAGCCUAAUUUAUUAAAUCACAUGAGAACACACACUGGUGUGAAACCAUUCAAAUGUAAUGUUUGUGAACAUCGCUUUACAGCAAAGCGUUCUUUGUCAAACCACAUUAUAACCCACACUGGUGAGAAGCCAUUCCAAUGUGACAUAUGUGAUUUUCGUUGUAAUCGGAAGUCCAAUUUAUCAACGCACAUUAUUAUUCACAUUAGUGAGAAACGGUUUUAUUGUAUUAUUUGUGAUUAUCGUUGUAAUCGAAAGUCAAAUUUAUCAAAGCACCUCAGAACACACACAGACGAGAAACCAUUCCAAUGUAAAAUUUGUGAUUAUCGUUGCAAACUCAAGGGUCACUUAUUACGUCACAUUAAAACUCACACCGGUGAGAAACCACACCAAUGUAAUGUUUGUGAUUAUCGCUGUAUAGACAAAUCUACUUUAUUAAGUCACAUUAGAACUCAUACUGGUGAGAAAGCAUUUCGAUGUAACAUUUGUGACUAUUGUUGUACGCAAAAGUCUAAGUUAACACGACACGUGAACACCCACACUGCGGAGAAAGUAUUCCAAUGCGGUGUUAGUGAUUAUAGUAGUAAAUUAAAGAGUAAUUUGUUACGUCAUAUUAGAACGCACACUGGUGAGGAACCCAAAGAUUCGACGAGAGCAGAGAGCUGUCCCUCACAGCGCGAUCAAUAACAGAACUAGUUAAGAUCUCGCGGCACUUUCACGGAUGCUGGCCCUGGUGGCGUCCAGCACAUGGGGCGCCGUGCACUCUCGAGCUCCGGACGGACUAACUCUCAUUCCGCGGGAGAGAGUCGCAGUUUGUGUGGGACGAGAGCUGUACGGAACGAACUGUGCCUACAUAGAUUAGUAAUACAGAGUAAUGUCAGUCAAAUAGUGUUUGUAGGAGUUAAGAGACAAUAAAUGUGUUUAAUUCCAUGUGUAUGACCGUGUAUAGCGGGCAACAUUAUAGGCCCUUCCGGCGAGACGCCGUGCUACCCUCCGCCCCCGCUUCCUCACCUCGACGCUCCAGCGCUCGCCCGCGGCUCAUCGAGGAAAACUAGUGCGCGGGCGUGUUCCCGCUGUAUCGCCGACGCACGCUCUGUGCGUGGCUACCGGAUUAAAGUUUGUGUUCCGGUA